CCUCGAAAGCGACGCCAUGGCCUCCUCGCUGCGCCGGGCUGCCCCCGUCGUCUUCCCCGCGUUGAGCCGGCACACGGCCACCGUCAUCUUCGUCCACGGCCUCGGCGACAGCGGCAACGGCUGGGCGGAUGCCGUGCAGCUGUGGCAGAGGAAGCACCGGCUGGACGAGGUCAAGUUUGUGCUGCCAAAUGCCCGCGUCAUGCCCAUCUCAGUGAAUGGGGGCCUCCCCAUGCCUGCUUGGUUUGAUGUCAAAGCCCUCGGCCCCUCGGCCGGCAGAACGCUUGAUGGAAAGUCCCGCGAUGAAGACGAGCAGGGCAUUCUCGAGUCUCGCGCCUACCUGUACUCUCUCAUUCAGCAAGAGGUUGCCGACGGCAUCUCCUCUGAGCGCAUCGUCCUCGGUGGCUUUUCCCAGGGAGGUGCCAUGAGCAUCUUUGCUGGUCUGACGGCGCCCUUCAAGCUUGGCGGCAUUGUCGGCUUGUCGUCCUGGAUGCUUCUCAGCCACAAGUUCAAGGAGUUUAUUCCCGAGUCAAACCCCAACAAGGAUACUCCCAUCUUCAUGGGCCAUGGAGAUGCCGACCCUCUGGUUCUCUAUGAAUGGGGAACGGCCACUGAGAAGAAGAUCAAAGAGCUGGGCUUCAACGUGAAGCUGGAGACAUACCCGGGCAUGCAACACUCGGCCUGCAUGGAAGAGUUUGAUGACGUCGAGUCGUUCCUCGUAUCCAGCCUGGCAUCUACUAAGGCCUAA